AUGUCCUGUGGGCUGGCAGGAAAAAAGCUGGCAGUACAUAAAAAUGUAGCAUUUGAAGUUCCUAAAGGUGCCUAGGUUGCAGAGUAUCAGGUAUUCACUCCGGGCUACUUGCUUAGUGCUAGAAAACCUUAUUCCUUUUGCCACUAGUUUUGUAGAAAUGAAUACAUUUAAGCAAAUCAGGAGCAGGGUAAAUCUGGAGAAAUUACAAAGGGGAGGAGUUCACCUUCCUGGCUAUGGCUUUCAGGUCUGUCCAGGACUCCUUACUCCAGUAUAAAACUGAGAGCAGAAAUAUGAUCACAUACUAAGAAGUCUAAUCAAUUCUGGUUUCAACACUGAGCCUAUUUAAAAUAGAUAAUGGAAUUGCUGUUCCUUGUUCUGUUCUCCCUGCACCUUCUCAAGACAGAAGCAGUAGUUGGACACCACUGGUGCUAUCAGUCACAGAAGUGCGCACAGCCGUCCUGCGAAGCUCCUCAAGAAUGGUAUCUAACAGAUGCCGUCUGCAAAGGGAACAAACAGUCACCUGUCAAUAUUGUCACCAAAAAUGUCACCUAUGACAAAAACCUUAAGCCACUGAAUUUUGAAGGGUAUGAUGUGAAGGGGUCUUCGAAAUGGAACAUAGAAAACAAUGGACAUACAGUUAAAGUAACAUUAAGCACAUCCCCUAAAAUUGGAGGUGGAGGUCUGGGAAGAAAAUACAAGGCGAUAGAAUUUCAUUUGCACUGGGGAGCCCCCGGUGUGCAGCGAUACCUUCCUGGGUCAGAGCACAGCAUAGAUGGAGAAAAACAAGCCAUGGAGCUUCAUAUUGUCCACAUAAGAGAAGAUGUUGCGGAUGUAACAGAAGCGAAGAAAACCGAGGAUGGUGUGGCUGUGCUGGCCUUCUUUGUAAAGGUUGAAGAAGAAAAUAAAAACUAUGAAACUCUAGUAAAUGAAUUAGAGAAUAUUAAAUACAAAGGGCAAACGGCACAGAUGGACCCUUUGCCGCUGAGCUCUCUUCUCCCACCUGAGAAAGACCUUGGCAGGUACUAUCGGUAUGAGGGCUCCCUCACCACUCCUGACUGCUAUGAGGGUGUCAUCUGGACCAUAUUUGAGAAGCCAGUUGAGCUCAGUGUUUCUCAGAUUUCUCAGUUCUCGACACUCCACUUUGAUGGGAGGAACUCAACUUACAUGACUGAAAACUUCCGGCCUGUUCAGCUCCUGAACGAGCGCAAGGUGUACUGGUCCAGUGCCAGCAUGCUCCUGCCUGCUGCUAAGGUUUUGACGUUGGUCCUGAUGCUUACGUACAUCCUGAGUUCUCUUUCCCAAUGAACACUUCUUACCUCAUU